CGGAGUGCGCCUGCGCACAGCGCGCUCUCGCCCGGGUAGCUGCAGUCUCGAGAGCGCCGAGGCGGUGUUUCGGGAACCUCCGGCCAGACUCUCCCGCGAGCCGGCGUCGUUGGACUGCACCCAGGGCGGGGACGUCCGCCGGGCACGGGAGGGAGCCACGAUGCCGAUCAAUAAAUCAGAGAAGCCGGAAAGCUGCGAUAAUGUGAAGGUGGUUGUUAGGUGCCGGCCGCUCAAUGAGAGAGAGAAAUCAAUGUGCUACAAACAGGCGGUCAGUGUGGAUGAGAUGAGGGGAACUAUCACUGUACAUAAGACUGAUUCUUCCAAUGAACCUCCAAAGACAUUUACUUUCGAUACUGUUUUUGGACCAGAGAGUAAACAGCUUGAUGUUUAUAACUUAACUGCAAGACCUAUUAUUGAUUCUGUUCUUGAAGGCUACAAUGGAACUAUUUUUGCAUAUGGACAAACUGGAACAGGCAAAACUUUUACCAUGGAAGGCGUUCGAGCUGUUCCUGAACUUAGAGGAAUCAUUCCAAAUUCAUUUGCUCACAUAUUUGGUCAUAUUGCAAAAGCAGAGGGUGAUACAAGAUUUUUGGUUCGAGUGUCUUAUUUGGAAAUAUAUAAUGAAGAAGUUCGUGACCUUUUGGGCAAGGAUCAGACACAGAGGUUAGAGGUUAAAGAAAGGCCUGAUGUGGGAGUUUAUAUCAAAGAUUUGUCUGCUUACGUGGUAAAUAAUGCUGAUGAUAUGGAUAGAAUUAUGACACUGGGCCACAAAAACCGUUCUGUUGGUGCAACUAAUAUGAAUGAACAUAGUUCCCGUUCCCAUGCCAUCUUUACAAUUACUAUAGAAUGCAGUGAAAAAGGCGUUGAUGGUAACAUGCAUGUCAGGAUGGGAAAGCUCCAUCUUGUAGAUCUUGCUGGUUCAGAAAGACAAGCAAAAACUGGAGCUACUGGGCAGCGCCUCAAGGAAGCUACAAAAAUCAACCUUUCGCUUUCCACCCUUGGUAACGUAAUUUCUGCCUUGGUUGAUGGAAAAAGCACUCAUGUGCCUUAUCGUAACUCUAAAUUGACUCGUCUUCUUCAGGAUUCCUUAGGAGGAAAUUCAAAAACCAUGAUGUGCGCAAAUAUUGGGCCAGCAGAUUACAAUUAUGAUGAAACUAUCAGUACAUUACGGUAUGCUAACCGUGCUAAGAAUAUUAAAAAUAAAGCUAGAAUUAAUGAAGAUCCAAAGGAUGCUUUGCUUCGUCAGUUUCAGAAAGAAAUAGAAGAACUGAAAAAAAAGCUUGAAGAAGGGGAAGAAAUAUCAGGCUCUGAUAUCAGUGGGUCAGAGGAGGACAACGAUGAAGAGGGUGAGGUUGGAGAGGAUGGAGAGAAAAGGAAAAAAAGAAGAGGCAGUAGCAGCAGCAGUAGUUCAGACUCCACAUGUUCUGUCAUAGAGAAACCUCUGGAUAAGUUCUUGCCUAAUCAAGCAGGUAAAAAGAAAGUUUCCCCAGAUAAGAUGGUUGAAAUGCAAGCAAAGAUUGAUGAAGAGAGAAAAGCACUUGAAACAAAGCUUGACAUGGAAGAAGAAGAAAGAAACAAGGCUAGAGCUGAACUAGAGAAACGGGAAAAAGAUCUUCUUAAGGCCCAACAAGAGCAUCAGUCUUUGCUAGAGAAAUUAUCUGCACUGGAGAAGAAGGUAAUUGUUGGUGGUGUUGAUUUGUUGGCGAAAGCUGAGGAACAAGAGAAACUUCUUGAAGAAUCUAAUAUGGAACUGGAAGAAAGAAGGAAAAGAGCAGAACAGCUUCGCAGAGAACUUGAGGAAAAAGAGCAAGAACGCUUGGAUAUUGAAGAAAAAUAUACUAGUUUGCAAGAGGAAGCUCAGGGAAAGACCAAGAAAUUAAAGAAAGUUUGGACUAUGCUGAUGGCUGCAAAGUCAGAGAUGGCUGAUCUCCAACAAGAACAUCAGAGGGAAAUUGAAGGCCUACUGGAGAAUAUUCGACAACUUAGCCGAGAGCUUCGCCUUCAGAUGCUUAUUAUUGAUAACUUCAUACCUCAGGAUUAUCAGGAAAUGAUUGAAAACUAUGUCCACUGGAAUGAAGAUAUAGGAGAAUGGCAGCUAAAAUGUGUUGCCUACACAGGAAAUAACAUGAGGAAGCAGACUCCAAUUCCUGAUAAAAAAGAGAAAGAUCCCUUUGAAGUGGACCUUUCCCACGUGUAUCUGGCCUAUACUGAGGAGAGCCUGCGGCAGUCCUUGAUGAAAUUGGAGAGGCCACGGACUUCAAAGGGGAAAGCAAGGCCAAAGACAGGGAGAAGAAAGCGUUCUGCAAAGCCUGAAACUGUAAUUGACUCUUUACUUCAGUAAAUGUUACAGACUUCAAGUCACAAUAAAAAUUAGUUAUAUUCUCAUCCCUAGACAGUCUUUAAUUAAAACACUGAAGACUUUUGUGUAAUUUCAGAUGAUGGAAGCUGUAAAUCAUGGAGUAAGACUGGAACUAAUAAUUUGCCUAAUAACUUUUAGUCUCUAUAUAUUAAGUUAAUAUAACAUUACAAUUGUACAACUGGUAAUUGUUCAAAUUGUCAUAUUAAUCUUCAGUUUAUACUGUGCAGGGAAGUUGGAGGAGCAGCUCUUACUGGAGAGAGUUGCAGUUUAAAUUUAUACAUAAAUCUGCUAGUAAUUUACUCAACUACUGUAUAUUUAGAUAACUAGAUAUUCAAAAUAGAAAAAAAAGUAUGUUCUGUUUUGUACACAGAAAGUAGCAGAUCUAAUUGUCCUGUGUUGUGCUGUUAGAUACGAAUGUAUGGGCUACAUAUCUAAGAAAUGAUUCAAUCCUAACACCCACCUGACCUGUUUAAAUAUGUUCUAAUUAUUAUACUAACAUUCAUUGCAUUUUAAGUAUGAGGUGACUGGUCUUAUUGAUCUGUAGAAAAUUUUAUAAUUUGUCAGUCAAGAAGUUUACAUGUUUAAAAAACAAAAGUUGAAAAUACAUUUCAUCUGGACCUCUCUUGACCUUUUUUGCCACUUUGACUUCAAGUCAAAUAUACUGUUUUUGUUCUGGUUUCAUGUUCUCUUGAAAUGUUGAGUUUGUACCUAAAUAUAAAGGAGUCACAGUUGUAGAAAAUUAAGAAGCUAAGUACUGGUCACUAAUCUUGCUCAUAUAUGUAUAGUUUUAAAAAUUCGCUCUGAAGUGUAAGUAAUGGAUGGUUUCUUGCGUCUGAGUUCUCAAUUUUGAUGGAAGUUCCUCUGUGUCUCCCAGUUGAGAAGGGUCUCCAUUUUCUAGAAAAUGCAACCAAAGCAAGAAAAAUAUCUGUUAAUCCUUUGCCUUUAAAACACUUUUUUCUUCAUAUUUUAUAAAAAGAAAAUAUUCUUCCCUGAAUGUCUUCCAUUGACAAAUCCAGUUAGACCAUAUUCCUCUAAAAAUAAAAUGUAUUUUUAUUUUAUAGUAAAAUAAGUUGUAAUAGAAUUGUUUGUUCUUUUGUUGGCUGCUUACAAAUUUUUUUUUGAAAGCUGUGCUACUCCUAAACCACUUAUUAUAUCUCUUAUAAGUUUUAAAAUUGUGUAAUCAGCCCUGAAACACAUUGGUUGCAAGUUUUGAGACUUCACAAAUUAGUAUUUAUUAAGUUAACAUUAAUUUAACAAGUUUGAUUAAAAUACUGGUUUAUAACUGUAAAGCUGUGUAUAGAGUAGGGGUGAGUGAGGGCAGCGUACUUGUGAGGUGGUGGGAGAAUGUGUCCACAACUUUAAAGUAUGUUCCAAAAGUGGUGUACUAAAUGUCCUGUGUGUGGUGAAUAUUGUUUAGGUAGUAAGAAUUGUACUUAACUGGCAGCAUUUUCUCUGUAAUAUGUGAGAUAGAAGUUUAUAACUUUAUUCUGUGGGGCAUUGUUUAGAUACUGUGAAGACUUGAGGUGAAUUUGCUUCCUGUAAUAGCUUUGUGUGAGCAGAAUAUCUUGGCAGUUGUAGAUGCACAUUUAACUCUGUUAGUAAUUACUCUAGAGAAAUCUUAAUUUUACCAGUAGAAAAA